AUGCCUAUAAGUUCUUCUUGCUCAAACGUGCCUCCCUUCUUUGGGAUCAAAAAACGCCUACAGCAGUUGGAAGAGAAGUUGGAUUUUGAAUCAGACGAGGUCACUCGAGUUAUUGGAGUUGUUGGGAUGCCUGGAAUAGGUAAAACCACUCUUGCCAAGAAAUUGAUGGAAGAUUGGGGAUACAUGUUCUUGCAUACCAUGUUUCUAGAUGAUAUCCGCGCCAAGGCAAGAUCUCUUGGAAUCCACAGGUUGGAGGAAGACCUCCUAUAUGGUUUAAUGAGGAGCAAACAUGAUGGAAAGGAAAUAAGAUAUGCUGAGUAUACACUUGAAUCUUUAAAAGAUGAGCUAAGAGAAAGCAAAGUAUUAAUUGUUCUUGACGAUGUGAGUAAAAAGAGUCAGAUAGAUAUGAUUCUUGGUGGACGAAAAUGGUUAAGAGAAGGAAGCAGAGUUGUCAUCACAACGAACAGCAAGUCCGUAAUCACAGGAAUGGUGGAUGAUACUUAUCUAGUGCCGGGCCUGAGCGAUGAAGAUGGGUUUAAAUACUUUGAAAAACACGCAUUCACCACCGGUUCUUGCGAGCCACGGUUCAUGAGGCUUGCAAGAGAGUUUGUGGAUUACUCUAGGGGACAUCCAUUAGCUCUUAAAGUACUUGGUGGUGAGCUUCUUACAAAGGACGAGGCGUAUUGGGAAUCAAAGCUUGGGGAGCUUGCGAAAAGCCCGAUUAGCAACAUAAUUCAUAAUGUGUUGAGAAGUUCUUAUGAUGAUCUGAGCAAACACCAAAAGGAAUUGUUCCUUGAUGUGGCAUGUUUCUUCAGGUCUGAAGAUGAGUAUCAUGUGAGCUGUUUGCUGGAUUCUUCAAUGAGUGAAAUAAGACAUCUCGCGGACAAGUUCUUGAUAAACAUUUGUGGCGGUCGACUAGAGGUGAAUGAUCUGAUGUACACAUUCGCAAUGGGACUAGAGUCACAAUCAUCCACUGAAAAUUUAGCUAGUGGGCGUAGGUUGUUUAACCAUGGCGAGAUCAUUGCUAUUCUCCUAAACAAAGCAGUCCGAGGGAUUUUUCUUGAUAUGUCUGAAGUACCAAGGAAAAUGAGUCUAAGUAGUGACACAUUCAAAUAUAUGGGAGAUCUCAAAUAUUUGAAAAUUUUCAACUCAAGUUUUCCUAAAGAAGGCGAAGCUACAUGCAACUUGUACUUCCGCGACGGACUCAAGUUCCAGUUGGAGGAGAUUCGGUAUCUUCACUGGCUGAAGUUUCCGCUGAAGAAGUUACCAGAAGAUUUUAACCCUAAGAAUCUUAUAGACCUCAACCUGCCUUACAGUCGUAUUGAGCAAGUUUGGGAUGGAGAGAAGAACGCACCAAAAUUACAAUGGCUCGAUCUGAACAACUCAAGUAAGCUGCGUACGUUGUCGGGCUUAUCACAGGCUCCAAAGCUUCAAAGUAUAAACCUUGAAGGUUGCACCGAACUGAAGACGGUUCAUGAAGAGCUACAAAACAUGAAAAGUCUCAUAUUCUUGAACCUCAGAGGAUGCACGAGCCUCGAGUCUCUUCCACAAAUGAACUUGAUCUCUCUGAAAACACUCAUCCUCAGCGGCUGUACAAGUCUUGAGAAGUUCAAACUAGCUCCAGAGAAUCUGGAAGAGUUGUACUUAGAUGGCACCGCGAUAAAGAAGCUUCCUCCAACGAUUGGGAAUCUCCAGAAACUAGUCUUGUUGAUAUUAAAAGACUGCAAAAGAUUGGCGUGUCUCCCAGAUUCUAUCGAGAAUCUAAAAGCUCUUCAAAAGCUAGUACUCUCAGGUUGUAAAAGCCUUGCGACCUUUCCAAAGAUAAAAAAGAACAUGAAGCAUUUAAAGACUUUGCUACUUGAUGGAACAGCCAUAAAGGAGAUGCCUAGUCUCUUGAACCGCUUCGAUGUUAAUCAAGGCGACCUUUCUACUUGUUCACACUGCGAUUUGCGUGAAUGGCCGCAUGAUAUCUACACAUUAUCAUCAGUUCAACGUUUAUGUUUGAGCAGAAACAACUUCAGAAGCUUGCCAGAAAACAUCAGAUAUCUCUACAAUCUCAAAUGGCUUGACCUCAAGUACUGCGAGCAGCUCAUAUCUCUUCCAGUGAUUCCACCGAGUCUUCACUAG